AUGCGCAAUUUACCAACAAUUCAAAAGGUAUCACCGACCUAUAUUAUUAAAGUUUUAGUGCCACAACCAUAUGGCACAUAUAUUGUUCGAUAUCAAACACCAAAUGAUGAAAUACUUUCAUCUAUUCAUAUAAAUAAUCGAUCAACAACAUCAUCUCUUCAAAGAGAUCGUUAUGUUGUAUUAUCAGUACGUGUUGAUGAAACUUCAUAUAAAUGUCCAGUAAUGAAUUAUCGUUUGUCACUUAUGGGACCGAAUGGUCAAGAAAAUCUUGCACAAUUAUUAGAACAAUAUAAUCCAGAACGUGGUCAACUAGAAAAGUAUACUCCAUUAACACAUGAAUUAAUUCUUCCAACAGAAGAUCCAAAUUGGAUCUUAGAUGCAAAAGACUUUCAUCAUAUAAAUUUUAAUCGCGGUCGUUUUAGUGGUAAACAUAAUAACGGAAUAUCUGAAGCUAUUUGGCAAAGACCAAAUCAAGAUGAUAUUAAAAUAUUUAUUAAACGUUUUACAAAAAAUAGUUCUUACUAUGAAAAAGAAUUGAAUUUACUCAAACAACUUUGUUUUUUUUCUAUUGUUACACUAUUUGGUCAUUAUUCUGAUGAUCAAAAUAAUUAUUUAGUAUUUUCACAUGGUGGAAGAUCACUUGAAUCAAUUUGUCCUAUACGAGCUCGAACAACAAUAUCAAGAAUGUGUCGUAUUAUAAAUAUUGCCUUUCAAAUAGCUAAUGCAAUGAUUUAUCUUGAAAAGAAAAAUAUUGUUCAUCGUGAUUUAACAGCAAGUAAUGUUCUUAUUGAUUCUUAUGGUUAUAUAAGAAUUGCUGAUUUUGGUCAUGCCAUACAAAAAGAAGAAGGAAAAAAUAAUCUUUCGCGUUCAGUUACAAAUAGUGGUGAAUAUAGAUUUCAAGUUCGUUUUCUUGCACCUGAAUGUAUACCAAAACCAAUGCAGACUCGAACUAAUCAACCUACUGAUCAAAUUCGAAGGGAAAUUUAUGCUAGUUUUUCAUCAAAAAGUGAUGUUUGGGCAUUUGGUAUUUUAAUUAUUCAACUUAUGCUUAAAAAUCCUUCAAAACCCUAUCCUCAUAUAGACAAUGAUCGAGAUGUAUCCCGACGAGUUGCAAUCGAUCGUGAAAUGCAUCCAAAACCUGAUGGAUGUAAUGUUGAUAUUUACUUAAUACUUAAACAAUGUUGGGCUUAUGAACCCAUAAAUCGUAUAUCAUUUAUUGAAAUUCGAGAGAAAAUGAGAAUGUUAUCAUCAAUUUUUGGCUAA